AUGGAACAGGAGGGCCGGUCGGUGUCCGGUAAGAGGAUCAAGAAGAAGGCGAAGAAGAAGAGGAAGAGGCCACAGCCGCCGCAAUCGGCGGGUAAAGGAAAGAAGGAGGAAAGUUCGAAAAAGGGUUCGCCUGCUGCUGCUACUGAGGUUGAGCCUGAAAUAGCCAAAGAUGAGGAAACUAAGGAUAAGGAGGAGGAGGAAGAGGAAGAAAAAGAAGCUAAUCUAGUUGAGAAGGCUAAAAGUGAAGAUAAAGAAGAAAAAGAAGUUGCUACAGAAGCUUUCAAGGCUGCUGUUAUUAAAACAGAAGAGACUGAAGCUGAGUUGGCCAAUGGCACUAAAGUUAAUGGUAGUGAGAAGGCUAAAAAGGCAGCUGUUAAGGAAGAAACAGGAGCAGCAACAGCAGCAGCCCAAGUCAAAAAUGCUCUCAAAAGUGCUGCUGUUUCUGCUGCUGCUACUGCUGCUAAGCCAAAUGCUACCGUUAAGCCUAAAUCAGCCAAAUCUAAAUCAAACGUUAAAGCAGCAAAACAUUCUCUAUCUGCAGCAUCUAAUCAUGGCAAAACCAAAGCUGUCAAGGUGGAAUCUGAUGUGUCUGCUGAGUCAAAGCCUAAAGCCGUGCCAACAACCAGCAACAGUUCAAAACUGCUCAUUUUCCAAAAAGUCAAUAACCAAACAACUGUUCCUGAAACAGCAACCACCAGCAGCACUAAGCAAGAGGAGAAAGUACCAGUACCUGCUCAGAGAAAACCUAGCAAAAUCCCUAAAGUGACCAUUGUCAAAAACGAGCACACAGCAGCAGCAGCAGCCACCACUGAUGCAAUUAACAAUGGUAAAAGUACAUUAACGGCACCAUCAGCACUAGCAGUGAGCACUGCGGCAAAGAACAAGGCAGCCGAGCUCUGCCAUCAACAGCAAAAAAGGCAUCAACAUCAACAACACCUGCACCAUCAUCAGCAGCAGCAGCAGCGACUGCGAACAAUGUCGCCCUCAAUGAGAGCUCUCAAAUGCCGCGCCAAGCGCUCCAUGUCGAGCAGCAGUCAGGAGCAGCAGAAGGCGCUGCUCUCGCCGCCCAUCAAGAAGGCAAAGACGAAGAAGAAGAAGGUGGUGGUCGUGGCAGCGGCCAAAAAGAAGAAGGCAGUUCCGGUUUCAGCCCCAACCACUCCUCCAGCUGUUGGCGGGCAGUCAAACGUACAAAUUGGCAGCCUCUUUGGCAUACCCGUUGCCAUGCCUGCAAACACCUCUGGUACGCCCAAAAAACGAAGCUAUGUUCGAAAAACUCCACUGGUUAACAAAAAGAGUCCCGGGCCGGGAAAGGGAAAGGGAAAGUCUAAGACGACUAAUGCCAAAGCACCAAAGACUACGCCGCUCAAGUCGCCGGCAAAGCCAACAAAAGGAAAGGGCAAAAAGGCUUUAAAUUUUGAUCUUUCAGAACAGCUAGAAGCUGUUUCUGCUGCUGACGUCUCUGACAGCUUUGCAAUUUCCCCCGCAAACGGCAGCAACAAGAGAGGUCGGAAGAAGGGCGUCAAAAAUAAGCCCAAGGAUUUACAACUGAGCCCUCGGCCUUUGCCAAAAAAAAAAUCGCCCAAAAAGAUGUCCAAAGCUGAGCGGCAGCGGCUGGAGUACCAGAACAACACCUACAACCAACAAAACUUGAUGUCACCUUUUUCAUUUGGCAGCAGCAGCAGCCACUUGAACAAAGGUAGUCCCAAUUUUGGCGCUCACUUCGGACAUCCACCACCACCAAAUGAACACAGUCCUCAGCGUACAUUCUCCAAAAGCACAUACGCCCAGCGCCGAUAUCAAAAGAGGACGGAAAUAGAGGCAGCAAAACGAAUGCAAAGACUGCGCAUGCAACUGGAACACCACGAUGAUGAUGAGGAUGAUAAUGAUAAGAAUAACAAUAAGGCAAUGAUGGAUGACGGCUUUGAUGAUGAUGACGACGACGACAACGACGACGAUGAUGACAACUUUAGCAGCAGCGGAAGCAGCAGCAGCAGCAAUUCGAGGCUAUUUAAUGAGCCAGCUGGUCACCAGUAUCACCAGCCGCCAGCUCGGACAAAGCGCUCCAACGGCCGACACAGCAACACCGACAGCGAAAGUGACGAACCGGAGGAGAAUGUUGAGGAAAAUCGUCAUAUUCAGAGAAGGCGACUUGGUAAUGACGAUGAUGAUGACAUCUUUUUUAGAAACGAGGCCGACGACGACGACUCUGAGACCACUAGUCUGCCGGACAGCGCCAUCGAGCUGGAGCGACUGCGAAUUGAGGAGGCGGAGAGGGAGUGGCAGCUGACGCACGGCAGAGCUCGAAGACUUGAGGCGACUGCUGCAUCAGCUGCUCAGGCAAUUGACCUUCGUCGACAUUCUCAGUCAUCAUCGACAAUUUUAUCAUCACCGCAGUUCUCACCUUCAGUUGUUCCCUCUGCCACCGUUGUUGCCCACACGCCAACUCCAACGCCCUGCAACUAUGACUCGUCGGCCUUUUCCGCCCUGCAGGCGGUGGCCGCCGUGGCGGCUCAGCAGCAGAAGUUGCAGUUGCCGCCGCCGCCGCCCCCGCCCCAACCACAACUUCCAGCACCUCAACAAUUUCAAUCUCCGCCGUUGCAGAGCCGAAUACAAAUCACCGGAAGUGGUAGCAGCGGCGGUGGCAGCAAAACCAUCAGCAUCCUUAGCAGCAGCAGCAGCAGCAGCACCACCAGCAAUACCACCAAAAAGAUCGUCCCCACGCUGACCGCCGGCAAGUUCAAGGUGGUGAACAUGAGCAUGACCAAUGGCAAUGAAAACGGCGGCAAAGGAAACGGUGGGAGUGGGAGCAGUGGCGGUAACGUAAACGGCGGCAAAGAGGGCGGCAGCAUUCUGGUGCCCACCCAGGGCGGCGGCAGCGGCAACCCCAGUGUCCGCCACAUGAUCGACCUGAAGAGUGGCAACAUCAUCAACGUGCAGAUACGGACGGCUGUUCCUUCAGCGGUUGCUGUUGGCGGUGGCACUUCGGUAAUUCAGCCCAAUCCUCAGCAGCAGCAGCAUCAAAGCAUUCAGCUGUAUUCUCGCAUUCAACCGCAGCUGGUCAGCAGCCCAACAACUGCUGCUGCUCCUCCUUUAGCUCACCAGCGAUCAACAGCUUCAGUUUCCGUUUCAGCCACUGCAACUACAACUGCAGCACUGACUGCAUUUGCACCUCGCCCACCACUACCACCUCAGCAGCAGCAGCAGCAGCAGCAACAGCAACAACAAAGACAGCAGCAGCAGCAGCUAUCAUCAUCAGCAACUACCAUUGUCGUUCGUGGAGCAGCUCAAUCACCACAACCACUACCACGACAUCAGCAACAGUUUUCGCUGAUUCACCCUCGACCACUGCAGACUACUUCCACUUCCACUCCGGCUCAGCAUUUGGUUCAGCAGCAGCCACAGCAGAUCAUCAGGACAGAGCAACCUCAAAUUCAGCAUUACUCGCAGCAUCAGCCGUCAAUGUCAUUGCUGUCAACAACUGGAUCGCCAACAAUUCACUACCUUGCACAACAGCAGCAGCAGCAACAACAACAACAGA